AUGAUGGCGUCUAGAAACAAGAGUGACAGUUUAAUGGAUCAGGUAUUCUCUGCUGUUACUCUGCCGACAGUUGGUCAAACGACUAUUCAUGAAGAAUCUCACACCGUUUACCAUAAUGAAUCCCAUCAUGUCGAAUCCCAUAACGAGCACUUUGAGUAUACUUCAUCUGGGGUAACCGUUGGUAACGUCGUUGGACACCAGAUUGAGAACAAUCGCCGUCCAACUGUUGACACCGAAGACCAACGUUCGGAGGUUUCGGCAUUGUCCAAGGCAACAUCGGUGUCAGUCCACUCCAGCGUUUCGCAGAAAUCUGCUCAGCACUAUGACUUGCCACCAAUUCCACAAUACGAUAUGCCACCAAUUGUUGUUGGAGAAGCUGUAAUUGGAAAGGCGCACUCCACUGCUUCUUCCAAAUCAGGAUCACAUCAUUCUGCUGCUUCGCACCAUUCUCGUCAUUCUCAACAUUCUCAACAUUCUCAUCAUUCCGCUCUGACCCAUGACAGCGAGUCAACAAUAACAGAAGGAACUUUGGUUAAUCAACCAAUUAUUGCUGGAGGAGCUGUCGGAGGAGGAGCAGUUGUUGGAGGCGUUGUUGGAUCUGAAGCUCCAACUCCACUUGCUGUUGGUCAAUCUUUUGAGCAUGAUGCUGUGAUUGAGCAGUUCAAGAACUUGCACGGACGGGAUGAAUCUGUUGUUUCCAGCAUUGUUCCAGCAUCUGUUCACAUGCAAAGUGACAGCGAAGACUCAAUUGCUCCAUCCAAACUAACUCAUUCCAUCGCUGUCGGAGGAGUUGUUGGCUCUCAAAACGGAAUCAAUGUUUUACAAAGAAGUCACGAACUCGAGUAUUCUGACCUCAUCGCUCCUGAGUACUAUCAACCACCAUCUGUACAGGGAGGUUUUGACGCAAGAAGCGAGGACUCCUUCGGAUUCGAGAAGGUCGAGUAUGUUGACACCGUCGAUCACCACUACUAUGAGCCAGAGGAGCAAGUCAAGCAAGUUGUUCAUGAUCAUGUUAUUGAGCAACAACAGACAUACGAGCCCUACCAAAUCGUUCACGAGAACCAUCAUGUGCCAUCAGUCGUGUUCGACGAGGAUCAGCAUUCCGUUUCCGAGCACCACCACCAUGACCAUGACCACCAUCACCACCAUGAUUCCCAUGUUUCCCAUACCUUCACCUCCGAUGUGAAACAGUCCCGUUCUAACACCGCCUCCACCUACCAAAGUCGUCAAAUUUACGCUCAUACUAUCGGACCUAAAAUAACUGAGGAGUUGCGUCCAGCUGCUGUGCUGGAGGAGGAAGAGGUUGAGGUUAGGCAGCCAGUCAUGGCUUACGUGGCUCCAUUCCCAACAAAGCCACCCCGUACUCAUGAAGAGAGUCAUAUGUAUAACGCGUACGAGCCGGAGGUUCAUCAUCACAAGGAUGUCGUCAAGUCGACCACUGUUGUUCAGGAAGACGUCCGCUACGGAUCUGAAGGUGUAAGCGCCCUUCGCAGGAAAUUUGAGCAUGGCGCUCCACCACCAAUGUCGCCAGUUCUUGACCUAAAGAAGUAUGAGCACCAAGAGCAUCAUCACCAACACCACCAUCAUCAUCAUGAGAACGUCGUCGUUGUUGAGCAAACUCAAACUCAGGUCGGCGAUAGCUUCAUCUCUUCUUCUUCUGUAGAGAAUCAUUAUGACGUUCCUUUUGAAUCUCGUGAAAAAUCCUCUUCCUCCUCUUCCUCAUCUUCCUCCUCAUAUCAUCAACCUCCUCCAGUUGAACACCAUGUCUAUGAUACGCCAGUAGUUGAAAACUUCUCACAUUCGCCAGCUUUCUAUACUGAUGAUCAGCGCCAUCACUAUGUUCCGCAAAUCAAAGUGAUAACAGAGUACCGACACAUUAACCCACGUCACCAUUACGUGGACACACGAAUCAAAAAAGCUGAUGGACAUGAGAUUGCACAGAGUCCACAAGUACAGUCGAUUGACUAUUUCAAGGAAAUUGAUCGCGUUCACCACUUUGUUCCGUCUACUCCAACAUCGCCGUUGAAAGAAGUGCGUCACCCUUUCCAUCAUCACAACUACGUACCAAACAGCUUGGAAACCAAGCGAGAGAGUCGUAGUGUUGAAAGAACGCAUCACUACCUUCCAGAUUCUCCAGCUAGAACAAAUGAGCACAGACAAAUCAUUCAUGAGCACCAAUAUGUUCCUCUAGAGAAACGUUCUCAUUCCACGGAGUCAAAACAUACUUUGCAUCGUGAGCAUCAAUAUGUGCCACUUGUUACUAGAACAACGGAAAAUCAUCAGCAGCAUGUUAGCCGUCAGCAUCAAUACAUUCCCCUGGAAAAGAAAAACAAAGUGAUCCAAAAUGUGGCUCAUGAGCACCACUAUAUUCCGUUGGCUCAAACGCAAAGAACCGAAGACAUUUCUUGUCACGUUGUUAGAGAGCACAACUACAUUCCCCUAAAAAUGGAAACUGUGCAACAACGAGAUGAAGUGGAAUGGCACAACCAGUACGUUCCCCUCACAACUCAUAAGGAGACAAAGUCUUUUGAUUCUGGAAAAAGCCAUUCUUACAUUCCCCUAGGAGGAAACAUUGAGCAUUCGAAAACUGAAAUUCACCGCGAGCACAACUACCUUCCUCUUGUUGAGAAAAAAGAUCAAACUGUCGCAACAAUCAAUCAACGCCAUAAUUAUGUGCCAGCUCAUUCAAAUGUGGCUAUUUCCGAUAAAGUCUCGAUAAGCCAUGAUCACAGUUUUGUGCCGCUUGCAAACAAAACUGCCGAGGCGCCGCGUCACUCCAACGAUCUAAGUCAUCAUCAAUAUAUGCCACUGCCAGCGAAACGAAACAUGGAAAAGACGGCAAGUGGUGAUAAGGUCGGCCACGAACAUCACUAUUACCCGUUGGCACCGAAAACUGAACAAGUUGCGGUUCACACUGGACAAGAGCAUCAUUACGUGCCUCUAGUGUCUAAAACAACGGAAAGUCACGGCGCCAAAGUUGCUAGUCAGCAUCAGUAUAUUCCGCUUACUAUGCAACACGACAGUAUUCCAAGACUUCCUCGGGAGCACAACUAUAUUCCUCUAGCAGCGCAAGCUAAUUCGAAUCAGAAGGUUGAUUUGGUCAACCAUCAGUAUUUGCCACCAGUGAGUCAUGCUGAGAAGAAAGAGGUUGUGAAGCUCUAUGAGCAUCAGUAUGUUCCACUUCCGCCAAAACAGGAAACUCAUGUGACUUACGACCCCAAAGCACCACACUUGCCCAGGGAGCACCACUACUAUCCGCUUCCAGUUCGUGCAGAGGAAAAACAUCAGCAGCAUACUUCUGAACAUCAUUAUAUUCCUGCUGUUCAUCAUCAUGAAAGACAUCCGCAGUUGGACCGUCAACAUGGAUUUGUUCCAGCAGCUAGAAAACAAGAGUUAAAGAAAGAAGUGGUCCAUGAGCAUCAAUAUCUGCCAGCAGUCAGAAAAUCUGAGCAAGUCAAUGGAUAUGAUAGAACUCAUCACUUCAUUCCAGUUGGUCAAAACGUGAAGUCAACAACUGGAGUCCAUGUGCAACAAGAUCAUCACUACGUGCCACAAGCCAGCCCAAGGAAACAUGUUUCGGAGGUGAAUCGCUCUCACAAUUAUAUUCCAGCCCUUCCAUCUAAAGAGCACUUGUCCCGGCAUGAGCAACAACAUUCUCAUUCUUAUUUCCCCCCGUCCCAACAGUCUGUUAGUCACAAAUCACCACCCAAGAUCAUCAAUCACCAUUCUUUUGUCCCUCAGGUUCCACUCAAAACCAAGGAUGCACAAGUCAUCCAUGAGCAUCAGUACGUGCCACCAGUGCAGAAAACUGAUGGUCAUCAACCAACCGAUCACUCCAAACACGAAUACAUGCCUUCUGUUCCACGUGCUGACAACAAACGUGAAACUGAUCAUUCCAAACACGGAUAUCUUCCAUCGGUGCACAAUUCGCAACGUUCGGAACGCAGUGAUCACUCGAAGCACAACUACAUGCCGCCUUUGAAGAAAGCAGAAAAUCAGAAAUCAGCUGAUCACACAAAACAUGGAUAUCUUCCUUCAACAAAGAGAUCCAAAAGCGCCGAGCAUGCCGAUCACACCAAACAUGCUUACCUUCCUUCUGUCCCUCGUACAGAGGAAACCAACCAGAAGGAUUUCUCAAAACAUGCAUAUCUUCCUUCAGUAAAGCACUCAGAAGAGAAAGUCAACGCUGACCAUUCCCAUCAUGGUUAUCUUCCAUCCAUCAAGCACCAGGAAAAUCAACAACAAUCUGAUCACACCAAACAUGGAUAUGUUCCACCGACGAAGAAAGCCAACAACGAUUUCUGGGGAUUCGAGCAUGAGCACCACUAUGUUCCGGACACUUUGAAGAAGGACAAAAUCAAACAAAUUCACCGUGAGCAUCAUUUUAUCCCAUCAGUUGCAAAACCAAAGCCAGGAGAGAAGCAAGAAGUGAAUGACCACCACUAUGUGCCAUCCGUGAGAAAGAACACUGGAAUCACUUCAGAAAUCGAGCAUCGUCACAACUUUGUUGAGAAGAUUCCAGAGAAAGCCGUCACUCCAAAACUUCCGGAGAACCAUCACUAUGUCCCAACAGUACAAAAGACGUCUCAACAACAACAAAAGUUUAAUGUGGAGAAGCAUAGUUAUGUUCCAACUCAUCCAAAGACUGCAGAGAAUCAUCGAGUGGACAUCCGUCAUCACAAUUAUGUUCCAACAUUGGUCAAGCAACAGGACCAUCGUGACCAAUUUGAUCAGCAUCAUUAUGUUCCCCAAAUUGCAAAACCAGCAGACGUGAGACUAGUAGAUUAUGACAGGCAUCAUUAUGUUCCAACUGUGGUCGAAAAGAGUGUGGCUAACCAAAUUGAACGUGAGCAUCAAUACACUCCAUCGGUUGUUAGAACUACAGAUCCGAAAGUGUAUGUUAACACCCAACACCACUUUGUUCCUUCUCAUCAAACCCCAGUGAAUGUUCACGAAGAAAUCAAUACUCAUCACGGAUUCCUUCCUCACAUUCCGAAAAAAGAGCAGACAGUUUAUGCCCCACUUGAUCAUCACUAUGUGCCCCAAGUUCCGUUGAAGGAGAUGGCUCCUGAUUACGAUCACCAUCACCACUAUGUUCCACCAGUCCAACACAAAGAGCUAGUGCCAGCUGUCGACUACCAUCAUCACUAUAUUCCAUCUGUGAAGAAAACCAAGACCAGCACAACUACCGACAUGAUAAGACAACAGAGAAAGAAGAUCUUGAAAAGCACUGAUGACGAUGAAGACCAAGAAAACCAACCAGUGUCCAGACCGGUCUACACCAAUGCAAACCUGAAGCCGUACAAGACAAUCCCUGAUGAACCUUCGAAUUAUAUGCUCAAAAACGGAAAAUCUCGUCAGAAUGGAGUGUCGGAGGAACCCCACUUCCCAAAAGUGAGUGAUCAUGUGCAGUUGGGCGGCUCCCGAAAAUCAACUAUUCAAAGUGGACAUCAUCAUCACCAUCAUCACCAUCACGAGAAUCACAAUGAUGUUCCUUCGAGACCAUCCAGUGUUGCUAGCUCUAUCAAGCACCAACCACAUUCUCGAACCUCGACGGUGAGCACUGUCCGCGGAGCUCCAAUUCAACGUGUCCAACCAACUAUUCAACCUGUCGUUCAUAAUCCAUACGGAGACCAUCAAUCCGUUCGUGUCGUCAAGAAUGUUCGUGAAUUCGUCAACGUUUUCGGUGCCACUCAUGUUGUCCCACCACCAACUCCACUUGCCGGUGUUCCACGUCUCCCACCAAGAAGCCCAAUUUCUCAUGAAACUUUCCAACCACACCAGGAAUGCGAAUCUGUGAAAUCUUCACGCAAGAGCUCUGUGGCUUCCAUCGGAAAUGGAGUUCAAAUCCACAAUGCUGCCCGUAAAUCUACCUGUUCUUCCGUUCAAUCUUCUCGUAAAUCUUCCGUUUCUACUGUCAAAGGCCCAGUUAUUGUUGGAGGAAACGUUGUGUGUCCGGCACCGAGAUCCCGUAAUGGUACUCUUACUCAAGAAAAUGUUCAUGAUCACUACGAUGGCGAACACACCGAUUUGAUUCAUGUUGCUGAUAUGCGUAGACUUUUCGAAAACUAUGGACCAGCUCAUCUUCCGGAAUACGCCUCUUCUCCAUAUGCUUACAUUCAUUAA